AAACAUAACUGGUGGAGACCCAUCUUCUCUUUCAAUUCUCAUCCCUUCUUUCUCUUUCCUCUCUCUCUAUCUGUCUUUCUCUCAGGCCAUCGUCGUUCUUCUUCAGGGAAGCUAUGGCCAGCCAAGCCCUUGUGAACAGUGAUCGCUCAAGGACACAUUGGACCCAAACAAUGGAACGCUAUUUCAUUGAUCUCAUGUUAGAUCAGGUACAUAGGGGCAAUAGGAUGGGGCAUACAUUUAAUAAGCAAGCUUGGGCAGAUAUGCACGCCAUGUUCAAUGGAAAAUUUGGAUCUCAAUAUGAGAAAGAUGUCUUGAAAAGUCGUUAUACAGUUCUGUGGAAGCAGUUCAAUGAUAUGAAGAAUCUCCUUGACCAAAGUGGAUUUUCUUGGGAUGAUACUCGAAAGAUGGUGGUAGCUGAUGAUUGUGUCUGGGAUGCCUAUAUCAAGGCUCACCCAGACGCACAAUGCUACAAAAACAAAGCUGUGAUGAAUUUCAAUGACUUAUGCUUGAUAUAUGCAUAUACAACAGCAGAUGGAAGAUAUAGUCGUUCAAGUCAUGAUAUAGACUUUGAUGAUGACUUCCAAGGAGUGACCAUUGCUUAUGGAAUGGGUAGCGUAGCCCCUGCAAGUAAUGAGCACUCUAGAAGAGACUGGACACCAGCCAUGGAUCAAUAUUUCACUGAGCUCAUGCUGGAUCAGCUGGGAAAAGGGAAUAAGAUUACUAAUACAUUCAAUGAACAAGCAUGGACUGUUAUGCUCUCUUUGUUCAAUUCAAAAUUUUGUACUCAGCAUGGAAAAAGGUUUUUAAAACGUCGAUAUAAGAAACUGGAAAAAUAUUAUAGUGAUAUAAAGACUCUGCUUGAGCAAAAUGGUUUUUUGUGGGAUGAUAGACAACAAAUGAUAGCAGCUGAUGAUGAUGUUUGGGAUAAUUACAUUAAGGCACACCCACAUGCACAAGCAUACAGAAAGAAGAUUUUGCUGAACUUUCAAGAUUUGAGCUUGCUGUAUGGAAAAACUGUCAACAAUGGAAUUCGCAGUCAUCUGCACCCAGAUAAAGACCUUGAAUAUGAUAUUGUACAAAUCAAAGCUGGUGAAGGGGAGUACCAAACACCAAUUAGUGGUGAUGGUUAUUGGACACUGCCAAUGGACCAUUAUUUCAUUGACUUGUUACUGGACCAGGUGCUUAGGGGGAAUAAAAUUGGGCAGGGAUUCAUAACCCAAGCUUGGAUUGAAAUGGUCACAUUAUUCAAUAUGAAAUUUGGAUCUCACUACGACAAAGAUGUUCUGAAGAAUCGGUACAGACAUUUGAGGAGACAAUAUAAUGACAUAACAGCUCUUCUUGAACAUAGCGGGUUUUCUUGGGAUGAUACACGAGAAAUGGUAACUGCUGAAGGUUUUGUUUGGGAUUCUUAUAUCCAGGCAAUUCCUGAUGCUCAAUCAUACAGAAACAAAACUGUGCCAAAUUAUCACAAGUUGUGUGUUAUAUAUGGACAAGAAAGUUCUAAUGGAGGAGACAACUCUUUGGCAUGCAAUGGUGACCUCGAUGGCGUGGACCCAGUUUGGAUGAUUGAAGGAACUGAUAUUCAAUGCAAUGCAAAUAGUGAUCAUUCAAGGACAGAUUGGAUACCGCCAAUGGACAGAUAUCUCAUUGACCUUAUGCUAGAGCAAGUGCGGAAAGGGAAUAGGAAAGUUCACACUUUCAAUAAACAAGCAUGGGCAGAUAUGGUUGCAUUAUUCAAUGAAAGAUUCAGAACACAACAUGAGAAAAGUGUUUUAAAGAGUCGGCAUAAAAGUUUGAGGAAGCAGUACCAUCAUAUAAAAAAUCUUCUUGAUCAUAGGGGGUUCUCAUGGGAUGAAAUGCGACAAAUGGUCACAGCAUAUGAUGCUGUUUGGGCUGCUUACCUCAAGGAACACCCAGAUGCAAAAUCAUACAGAGCCAAACCAAAGCCGAAUUACAAUGAUUUGUGCUUGAUUUAUGGGAGUCCAAUUGCUGAUGGACAAUGCAACCAAUCAUAUCAUGGCAUUGACUUCAACGGUGAUGGAAGGGAACUUAACAAUAGUAGUCACUCGCGAACUGAUUGGACACCACUGAUGGACCGAUAUUUCAUUGAUCUAAUGCUAGAACAUGUUCAGAAAGGGAGUAUGGUUGAUCAUAAAUUCAACAAGCAAGCAUGGAGUGAUAUGGCUGCAAGGUUUAAUGCAGAAUUUGGGUCUUAUCAUGACAAAGAUGUCUUAAAAAGUCGGUUUAAGCAUUGGAGGAAGCUGUUCAAUGGAAUGAGAACACUUCUUGAGCAGAAUGGGUUUGCUUGGGAUGAAAGACGACAAAUGGUAACUGCAGCUAAUGAACUCUGGGAUUCCUAUAUCAAGGAAAAUCCUGAUGCAAGAUCAUAUAGAACUAGAAGUCUCCCGAACUAUAAUGAUUUGUUCCUGAUAUAUGGGGAUGCAAUCAACAAGGACACACAAAACCAAUCAAGUUUUUGUAUAGACAACAAUGACUAUGACCUGGGAGUAGGAAUUGGUGAAGAGGAUGACCAGUUCCUUGCUAGUAGCGAUUCUCUAGAUGUCGACUGGAUGAUACCAAUGGACAUAGACCCUCAUGCCCUAGAACUGGACAUGGAUGAAAUGUUUGGAUGUCUACAAUCCCCAUUUAGAAACACUAACAUAUCAGAUCAGAAAAAACGCCGACAAUCUGCAGCACCAUCAACUUUGGCAUGCUCAAGAAAAGUCCCCAAAACCAAAGAGAGGAUGUGGGAAUCACCCAGUGAAAAGGAAGGCGUAGCCACAGCACUGAUAAAUGAUAAAGAAGUGAAGAAUUGCAUCUCAAUAGAAACCAUCGUGGAUGCCCUCCAAAGCAUACCAGGCAUGGACGACGAGCUCUUCUUGGACGCCUGCCACCUUCUGGAAGAUGAGAAAAAGGCCGAGAUGUUUGUGGCACUGGAUGCUGCACGGCGACAAAAGUGGUUACUGAGAAAGCUCCGCACCUAGCAUCAUCAUGCGAUUUUUCAGUUGGGAAUUGGGAUUCAUGUCUAUAAUGUGUCUAAGUUUUUUGGGGUAUGUAAAUUAUAUUUUACAGGUUAUAUCAUAGCAGUUACCUUUUUUUUUUCUUCU